AUGUGUAAACCCUUCGAAAUCGAUCAAACAGUUGAUGCAGUCCGAGAACUAUGCGCCGGGGUCGGAGUUAGCCUUACUAUCACGACAACGUGGAGUACAACCCAAUCAUCCACAACAGCCCCGCCUUCGCAUCGCCCGUCGGAGACGGCAAGCUCUUCAGAAUCAUUGAUUACACCGGCUACUACGAACCCCAUCUCCAAAGCUACGCCAAGCGACACCUCUACAGCUGAAACCCAAGGAGAAGCGGCAGGCGGCUCCAAGUUAAGUGCUGGAGCUAUUGCUGGAGUUACUAUUGGAGUUACCGUCCUGGUGGUAGCAUUAGUAGGAUUUCUCUUCAUAUUAUUCCGAAGAAAAGGUAGAAGGCUCCAUGUCCCUGUUUUAUCGACUAGUCAGAGUCACGAGACCAAUAAUUGGGGUGGGAUUGGGCCAGAUAAUGACAUUCCCGGGCAGCUUAAUGAAGUCAAAUGA